UCUAGUUAACACAAACACAAUUAGGUCAAUAUCAUUCGAUUUAUCGAGGGUUAGUAGGAUAAGCACACACGCAAUGAAAGCACACAUAUUUUUAUUUAUUAUUGUUAUAUUUACUGUACACUGUGAAGAGGAAAUUGGUUUGCCCGAAUACAAUUGCGAUAAAAAUGGCGACAUGACCACCAUUAGAUUGUGGACCAAAAACACCCAAACUUUUGAUUACAAAUUCGACGUUAAUUUCCAAACAAUUAGCCAAAAAUGCCAAAAUCAACAAAGAUGCACUCUUAUAAAUUGGAAAUCAGUGAGAGAUUUAAACAAUUACCUCCGAAAAUACCCCUUGGGGAAAUUACAAACCGGUCUAGUCCUAAUUAAUAAUACAAUGUUAAUCCCCGGCAUUAAAUACAUCCUAAAUGUCAAAAUCCUCAAUGCCGGUAACCCAAUCGAUGAAAAAACCCUAAUACUUUUCAAACAAAACGACACAAAACCGGAAGAAUUUUUAUUAUUGGCCCCAGACACGUAUUAUGCACACUCAAUUUUGGUGAUAAACGCCCGUGUUAACAUUUGUACCAACCUGACAGCUUAUUACUUUAUUUGGGAAUUGACAAGUCGUGUUGGCAAUAGUGUAUUUCCCUCACACAGUUCUGAAUUAAUUGUACCACCUAACACAUUUCAAGCGUUGGAAAAUUAUACGAUUUGGUGUCGUUUGGUUAGUCAGGAUGGCAUCUCUGUUUCGAAAGUUUCCAAAAGAAUUAAUGUUUUGAGCAAGGGUUUGGUGGUGAGGCUUCCUGUCAAUUAUUUGACCGCUAAAAGUGGUCAAACUGUACGAAUUAGAGCAAUUUUGCAUGAUUUUGACAACACAGUCGGUGAAUUAAAAAUAGUUUGGGACUGUUUAGAGACCAACACUGGUGAUAAAUGUGAUGUCACGAGUGAUAAUAAUGAAUUAGAAAUGGAAUUUACCCCGGGAUUGUACGAAAUUUCGGUUCAAGUCACUAAAAAUAAUUUCAGUGAAACGGAUUCAUGCACAGUUGAGGUUAAGAGUGAUGUUCCCGUUGUCGAAUUUGAAGAAAUUGAAUUUCCCGUAAAUAUGAAGGUGGAAAUUUACGCCACAAUUUACGAAUUAAAGUCUUUUUGUACUUUACAAUGGACAUCACCAGAUCUAGAUCUCAGUAUUGUGCCUGGUAAUGUUAUAAAUGUCACAAUCAAAGAAGAUUUGUUUUUGAAUGAAUUGGAAGAAUACAGUAACGAGACUUUUGACCGGAAAUUCAAUUUAAUUAUACCACCAACUUCCGAUUAUUGGGAGGGUUUGAAGGGCGAUGCUAAAUAUUUGUUUCGUUUAGUUAUCAAGUGUCCUACUUAUGACGAAACCAACGAAACCGAAUCUGUUUUAACAACAAAUGACGUUAUUAUUGAAACAAAUGCGCCCCCUACAAUACAACAAUUAAACGUAAAUCCCCUCGAAGGUGACGCUUUUUUAACAACUUAUACUUUCACAACACUCAAAGCACAAGAUAAAGAUGGCCCUAUUUUGUACAAAUUCGGUUAUAACUUGGAAAAUCGUGACGUAAUUUUAUGCAAUAUGGUCGAUGUUACCAACUGUGACGCUAGUUUACCUUACUCCGACAAGGGAAUACAAACUUUUUUAGAAUGUUGUGAUAGUUUUAAUUCAUGUGGUCGUGUUUUGGGACCACUUGUACAAACAAAACGUCUCGAAAACGGCAAUUUUGCGGUAAUUUUGCAAAGAUUCGCUAAUAAAAUGUUUUGGGUGGACUAUGACAAAGCAUUUGUUGAAGCUUUUGCCAUUUUGUACAGCGGUGACAACAGUUCACGUGAGAUAGUAACGCAAAAAAUUGACGAGACAAUUGACAAGUAUUUAAUUGGGGAUUUUACCAACUCUACAAUCAAAUACAGUGUUGCAAACCUAUUGAAAAAUAUCAACGACUUUAAUCCACAAUUGCAACUCUCUGAAUCAAUCCUAAACAAAGUUUUAGAGCUGAGGAACAAAUUUUCGGACGAAUCCUCGUACACCCAACGUAAACUUUUGUCAAUUCGGCCGAAAAGAGCCUCCAUGACCCUCUACGACGUGCGUAAUUAUCUCGAAAUUUCCGAAUUAAUUAUUACAACAUCAAGCGACCCUAACAAAAUCAAAUUCGAGAAGGAAAAACUACGAAAAUUAUUACGCAAUUACAUGGAAAAACUUUGCACAAAUUUGAAAAAAACCCUAACUCUAGAAUUAAAAACCCUAGUUUUUGCCGUUGAAAAAUUAACGAAAAAUAAUUUAAUUUCGGUGAUUCCGUUUGAAGGGAAUUCGUGGCAAGUUAACGCUAGGAUUAAACUGGGAUUUGUUAAAGAGACGAAGGGUAAAUGUGUGGGAAAAGCAAUUUUCAGGGAUUAUUUGGAUAAAAGUGGGAUUAUUUAUUUUGCAACAAUUUUAAACACAAAUCAGAGUAGCGAUGUUUUGGUUUUUUUGCCGAAAAAUAAUUCAGCUGAAGGAGUACCAACUUGUGUGGUUUAUGGUAACGAUGGGUGGAAAAAUGACUGUGAAGUUGUUCAAAAUAUUGCAAAUUUUGUCAAAUGUUCAUGCAAAUAUUUGGGUUAUUUUUAUUUGGAGUAUAAACAACCAGUGAGGUUUUCGACCACAGGGCUACCAACCGACCAACAUUCGAAUGAAACUCUAGGGAAAUUUCUGGACGGAAAUAAUAACAAUAAAACAAACUACGAUACGAUUUCUUAUGUCGUAAUCGUAAUUUCCAUUAUUGGAAUAAUAAUACUUGUGAUAACGAUAAGAAAAGUGUUUCAUGAUGAUGAUGACAACGAAGAGGACGAAACGUUUGAUUUUCCGAAAUAUGCACAAUUACAUAAUGAGGAAUACCUAAAUGAUAUGCAUAUUUAAUUGCACUUGUGUCCUACCAACUUACAAGCACUAAAAUUAAUAACUGUAUCACGUCGUGACAUUCUUUGUCGGUUUUAAAAUCUAAAAAAAAAAAUAAUAAAAUUUUAUCGCAGUUAUGAA